GUGUGUGUGUGUGUGUGUGUCUUGCUUCCCUUCCCUCGUCCCUCGCUGUGUGGGCUAUGGUGAAUUCCGCCGGUGAUGAUCGCCUCGCGGGCGGGCCGCUUCCCAUUUCGCUGGUCGACCAGGGCCGCGACGCCUGGCUCCGGCGGCUGGCGUUCCGCCCGACGGAAUUCCGGCCACAGAAUGCCGGAGCCUCCACCAGCAAUCAGCCUCUCCACCCGGCCAUCCGGCGCGACUUCAUGCUUCUGCUGACUUCCUUGACCGACUUGAUCGUGGAGAAGUCCGUCCGCGGCGGACCCAUUGUGCGCCAGCGGCUGACCAGCCUCCUUGGCCUCAUCGAGUCGGUGCUCAUGUCGCUGAGCGUGCCCCGACACCAUGGCAUCCCCUUCCACGACCCGGAGGCCCUUUCGACCUUCAUUCGGGAGUCCUCCGCCCGGUUACUGGAAAGCAAUCGCACCCUCCGGUCCCUGGAGCAGGAGAACCGACAGCUGCUCGAUGAAUGUGACUUGCUCCAUUCGCACAUCGAUUCCCUGGAGCAUGUCAUCCACCAGGAGACCGAGGCAGUUCGUCAAUUGGAGAUGUCCCUUUCGCCCCUCCUGCAGGAAGACCCGGACCCGGGGUGUCUGGCCCCGGAUGUGGAUUUCCUGGUGGCCCACACCAUGGAUCCGGGCAUGGAGCAACUUGUGGAGGAGAUCACGGCCGCCGGGGAUCCGGGGCGUGCGCGCCACUGGGGCACGACGGUCGACCGCCCCGGGGAGGGUCUCCUGCUGGACCUGCUGGCGGGCGAUGAGCUGCUGUCCCGCGCGGCGGAUCUCUGUGCACAGGUGGAGGCGGCCCUGGACCGGACGGAGGGGACGCUGGCGGCCGGCCUGGGGCGGUCCGGGCCGGAUGGCCUGGUCAGCUUGUCGCUCUUCGCACCGGCGGCGGGGGCGGCCGAUCUGUGAAGGAAUGGACCUUGGGAUUUUUGCCUUCCCUGCCCGUUGUUCCAGCCCCCGGGGCGCCAGAGUGAAAAUCCGGGGAAAUUGGCCGGAAAAAAAGCAUAUAUCAUGACAAAA